AUGUUGCGAACACCUAAUUUUGAAUAUAAAAUAUUCAAACCAGCACCUAAUUUUGAAUAUGACUUAGUCAAACCAGCACCUAAUUUUGAAUAUAAAAUAGUUAAACCAGCACCUAAUUUUGAAUAUAAAAUAGUCAAACCAGCACCUAAUUUUGAAUAUAAAAUACCCAAACCAGCAGCUAAUUUUGAAUAUAAAAUACUCAAACCAGCACCUAAUUUUGAAUAUAAAAUAGUCAAACCAGCACCUAACUUUGAAUAUAAAAAAGUCAAACCAGCACUUAACUUUGAAUAUAAAAUAGUCAAACCAGCACCUAAUUUUGAAUAUAAAAUAGUCAAACCAGCACCUAACUUUGAAUAUAAAAUAGUCAAACCAGCACCUUACUUUGAAUAUAAAAUAGUCAAACCAGCACCUAACUUUGAAUAUAAAAUAGUCAAACCAGCACCUAAUUUUGAAUAUAAAAUAGUCAAACCAGCACCUAAUUUUGAAUAUAAAAUAGUCAAACCAGCACCUAACUUUGAAUAUAAAAUAGUCAAACCAGCACCUAAUUUUGAAUAUAAAAUAGUCAAACCAGCACCUAAUUUUGAAUAUGAAAUGAGUCAAACCAGCACCUAA